UGGACCGGUGCAGAGACGGAGGAUUCGGUCAGCUGCUGCUCAUAAUUGUGCUUGGAUGACCUCACGACACCGAGACAGACACCUCCCCCAUCUCGCACUCCGUCGGGCCUCGUGAGCCCGGCACCUCUCUGCAUGAGACAUGGCAGGCCAACAGUUGGUGCAGAAGUUGGACGAGCUUCUCGCGGAUGAGAACCAGCAUUGGUUCUGUCCACGAACGAGUGGCCACGAGGACGAAGUGUACUUUGCCGAGGACAUUGAGGCCGGCCCGGAGCCAGAAGAUGUGAAGCAGACGCGAGAAGAGCUCGUGAAGCAGGCACACGAGCGGCGGGAUAAGGCGCUGGAGGUGUGCGUCAUUCUGGCCUUUGACGGCGCCGACGCUCGAGAGUACCAGGAACAGCUCAAGGUGAGCCUGCAAAGGCAGCUCACACGCUGCGAUAUCUGCGUACGGGAGUUCCAUCGAGGUCGCCGGCUGCUGCGCAACAAACUCGAGUACGAGUAUCCAGCAGAUGAUGUGCUCGAAUUCAUGAAGACCUUUGACACCAUGAACGAGGAGAGAAUCAUCGCCGGCCUGGACAGCAUGACAGAGCACCUUAUUGUUCUGCCCGAGGAAAAACGAAAGAUAACAGCUGCGGGUGUCCUCGGUAUGUUCGCCUUGUUCGAGUCACUUCAUUGUAUCCCAUUUCUGCGCAAUGAGGACGUACUGCAACGCACUUUCGACCCGGCCUUCCAGCUUGUGCUGGGCAAGAAGAAGAGGUUAUAUUUGCCAAACUAUGCACCCGGCAUGGCUGCCUUCCUUUACAACGGUAACGAAGAGCGAUCAAGCUGGGGCGAGCGCAAUAUUAUCAAAGCCGGCACCAAACGCAAGAUGCUGGUCCAGGAGUUUGAUUGUGCCGUCAAGCCAUGGCUGGAACCCGCAAUGAAUCGGGUGAACUUGGUCGGCAUCGACGCCUCAUUCCUGCCCAGAUUCUGGAAAGGUACGCGGCUUCUGCUGGCUCAAAUGGACGAGCAAGUUAUGACCAACAAUCUCCGAGCCAUGGACAUGAACUUGUUCACCCUGGCAAUUGAUCACUGCGCACUCAAGCACGCACAUUUUUCAGACCUUCUUGCAAGCAUUGAGAACAUGAUCAGGUUAUGCGGGUCAAAGUUCUGGGACGCUGUUGGAGCAAUGACACCUCAAUACGUCGCAGAACAGAUUUUCAAGGCCCCUGGGUUCCUCAGUCUCCUCCAGACCACGGAUGAGACUGUGCCGUUACGUCUUGAGGAGAAGAUGGCGUGGGUUGAUGCUUUCAUUAACAGUGUGAAGCCAGCCAACCUUGUCACGCCGCUUCGGACGCUUCUUGAUCAGCUGCUCAUUGUGAUCCAAAAAGAGCCGUACUCAAAGUAUGCUAGCACCGUGGCUUGGGAAAAGGGCUUGAACUGUCUACUCGAAGCCAUUCGGCGCAUCACAUCUGCAGUGGACGGCGGGCCAGUAUAUACUCAUCUCAUCGAGACUGUCGCCAACGAUCAUCUCGUUGCGAUCCUGCAAGAGCUCAGUGGAAUCGAGAGGAAAGGAGAGCUUCAAAUGUCCAAGACUGUGCUACUUGACCUGGAGAUCAUUGGGAAGAUUCUAGAGAUGGAAGUGAUGAGCAUGAUUCGCGAUCGCCGGUACAUCGAGGUGAAGGGUGAAAUUGAUCAUAUCGUCGGCCACGAAAGCAUGAACCUCUGGAAAAUGACCACGUCACACAUCAAAGCGGGCAAGAGUGCCCUCCCUGCUGCAGUUCUCUUUGGGAUCAAGAGACUGGUGCAACUAGAGCCAUUUGCCGCGAAGAAAGUCAGCGAUCUGAACAAGUCGCAGGUGAACUGGAACGAUGCCCUCCUGUCGACACGCAGUCACGUGCUCAACUUCCUGAUAGCUCGUCUUGAUAUGUUCAGCGGUGAUCAACUCUCGGAGCUGUACCUUGAUCCACUGGCAGCGCAAGGUCUGAUGGCCUUGCUGUUCAGCGGGGAUGACCAGGUGCACCAGGGCGCUCUGGCUGUUCUGAAGAAUUUGACCCAGCAGGACAGCAGGCGGGAUUGUCUUAUGCAUGUGACUGACUCUUACUUCACUACCACUUUGGAAUCCACAACCGACUGUAUUUUGUUAAUAUCCAGCGCUGGGAUCUUUAGUCCGUGCAAACACCUUAUGAAGAUAUGUCGCGACAUCCUGGACUGCUUGUGCGACAGCCAAGAUGGUAUUCUGCGCAAAGGAGAUCGACAGAGCAUACAGGAACAGGAAGCACUGCGGAAGUUCUGGGCUGCAGUCUGGCGCACCAUUUCAACCAUCUUUGAAAAGACCGAAGCCUGGAGUGCACCUCAUGACAAAGCCAUGAUGAUGGACUUCUGUCGCGAUGUCAUGGACUUUGCAGAAUAUGCUUUCAAUCAAUUUGCAGUCAUCGCUGGAACAGUCGUCGAAUUCAAGGAACGCUCAGAUCUUCUGCAUCACCCUAGGCAGGCUUUCCACAAAAUAAUCCAAUACAUCCGCUUGCGAGACGAUUGGCUUAUUGAAAAGUCAGUAGCUUUGACCUGCAGUAUUCUCAUACGCCUGGAGGCAUCCGGCAUCCGGGCAAAGAACGCUUCUAUUGAAUUUCUUGUUGCUGCCAUGCAGGGCAAGGUCAAGACGAAAUUGACAAUGCAGCACAAAGCCGAGCUACAGCGUGCUCUAGAGCAACAUCUCGGAGAAAGCUUGUCCAAUGAGGAGGAUGAGAUUGAUCUCACGAAGCAGAAGAAGCAGAGCUCGUUGCAAAAAUGGGCCAAGUCUGGGCCAGGACCUUCCACGCCUGUGUCUACUACUGCUAAGACUAACAAGAAUGCUAUCGACCUCGAGGCGUGGAGCAACAAGGCAGCCGCACAGAAGCUGCAGGAUAAGAAACCCCAGAGCACCAAAGACAAGCAGAAGACGACGGCGAACAAGCCAGACUUUGUCGAUCAGGCGGGCUUCCUUGCGAAGCGUAAGGCCACUUUAGCUGAACAGCAGCGGCAAAAGGCAGCAAUGUUAGCCAAGACCAAAUCCAAUGGUGCUGGAAGCGGCGUCAUUGGCCUGGGAAACUAUGGCACAGACCACGACAACAAAGGCCAGACCAUUAUGGUCGACUCCGAUGAGGAAGACAGCGAGGACGAUGAUCUUGAUGACGACCUCUUCGGUCCCGCCGCAAAGCCAAAGAAGCAGGUUCGAGCCGCGCUCGAUCUGAGCGGCGCCAUUGGCUUGAAGCCAGAGGUUAAGAGUGGACCGACUAAGAUUGCACGUACCAACCGAUCGUUGAAGGACAUGCGAGCCCGACUGAAGCCCGAUCUUGGUCCGCUACAUCGUUUGAUGUUGUCAUGGGAGUUCUUCCACCAGGGCGAUUACCCCCCAAACUCAAACGAACAUGAGUUUGCGCGCGUGGUUGAUUCCUUCCGCGACCCUUCCAUGUAUCAACAAACCUUUGAGCCUCUGCUUAUCUUGGAAGCUUGGCAGGGUAUGGUGCGGGCACGAGAAGAGCUGCGGGAUACUACCAAACCGUACGAGAUCAAGAUCCAGAACCGGAGCAAUGUCGACCAAUUCAUCGAGGUCAGUAGCUUCAUCGGACAUCAGGAGAACCGAGAUCAGCAGCUUUCAGAGGGUGAUAUCAUCCUGUUCUCCAAAGGCAAGAGGCCGGCGGUGGAUGAGAAUGAGCCACAUUGCUUGGCUAGAGUCUACCGAGUGAAGCGGCAAAAGGCACACCUCGAAAUUGUAUACCAGGUGAUGCCGGGUACUUCGCUGGCACCACAGCUUAUCAUGCAGACCAUCAUCUUCGGUCUCAAGUUGCAAUCCAUUACACCACUCGAGCGUGAGUACGGUGCUCUGAGAGGUCUGCUGUACUACGAUCUGUGCAAUCAGAUUAUACGAGCAAAACCGUCCACAAAGAUCAACUUCAGUGACCGGCAAGUCGCUAACUUCCGGGACGUAUACGAGCUGAACACCGCGCAGUCAGAAGCGGUCAAUGGAGCACUUGAGAACGAAGGUUUCUCUCUCAUUCAAGGUCCGCCAGGUUCCGGCAAGACCAAGACUAUCGUCGCCAUUGUUGGUGGUCUUCUCACACAAGUACUGAAGAACGCACCGAGAGGUUUACACAAGAUCUCUAUGCCUGCACUCGGCGGCCACGGCAAUGGAGCGAGCGGAGACGCGCCGGCCAAGAAGCUUCUUGUUUGUGCUCCGAGUAACGCGGCGGUCGACGAACUGGUGCUGCGUCUCAUGAAGGGCGUGAAAAGCAAGGAUGGCACUCAUCAUGAUAUCAAAGUCGUGCGUAUCGGACGCAGCGAGGCCAUCAGCGCCCAGGUCGCCGACGUCACUAUGGAGACUCUAGUGCAGCAGAAGAUCGGAGGCAGCAACGCAGCUGACGACAAGCAGCGUAAGAUGAAUGCUGAACUCUUCAAAGAGCAUAGCGACAUCUCUACCCAGUUGCGUGAUCUGUAUCAACAGAGGGAUUCGGAGGAGGAGAUGCGUAAGCUGGACCCCCUCAAACGCAAACUGCUGGAAGAUAGCAUUGUCCACAUUCGACGACGCAAGGCCGAAUUGGGCCAACGCAUCGACUCCGUCAAGGACAAUGAGAAGAGUGCAGGGCGUGAGCAAGAGCUCAAUCGCAAGCGAGCGCAACAGGCAGUUCUGGACGAGGCUCACGUGAUCUGUGCCACCCUCAGCGGAUCGGGCCACGACAUGUUCUCUGGUCUGAGUAUCGAGUUCGAGACGGUCAUCAUCGACGAGGCGGCACAGUGCGUCGAGAUGAGUUCCCUCAUUCCGCUCAAGUACGGCUGUGUCAAGUGUGUCAUGGUCGGAGACCCGAAGCAACUGCCGCCGACAGUAUUCUCCAAGGAAGCCGCCAAGUUCCAGUACGAGCAGUCGCUCUUCGUGCGCAUGCAGAACAAUCAUCCCAAGGAUGUGCAUCUGCUCGACACACAGUACCGAAUGCAUCCGGAUAUCUCAGUCUUCCCUAGUCGGACGUUCUAUGAUGGACUUCUCAAGGAUGGCCCAAGCAUGGCCAAUCUUCGCAAGCAACCAUGGCACGCGAGCUCUCUGCUGGCGCCCUACAGAUUCUUCGACGUGGCAGGCCAGCAUUCUUCAGCACCUAGAGGCAACUCGCUUGUAAACAAAGCUGAGAUCGAAGUCGCUAUCAUGCUAUACACCCGUCUGCGAACAGACUUUCCAACAUACGACUUCACGGGCAAAAUCGGCAUUAUCGUCACAUACAAGGCUCAAUUGAGGGAGAUGAAGGGCACCUUUAUAAGCAAAUUUGGGCCAGAUAUUGCGGACUACAUCGAAUUCAACACGACAGACGCUUUCCAAGGACGCGAGAGUGAGAUCAUCAUCUUCUCUUGCGUGCGAGCUAGUCCGGCUGGCACCAUUGGUUUCUUGCAGGACAUUCGGCGUAUGAACGUGGGUCUCACGCGAGCCAAGUCAAGCUUGUGGGUGCUGGGCAAUGCGAGCACCCUGAGCUCAGGCCGCUAUUGGAAGAAGCUGGUCGAUGAUGCGAAGGGGCGUGACAACUACACGACUGGUAACCUGAAGAGCAUGCUGGGACAGAGUAGCAACAACUUUCCCGCUAAGGAAGGUACCACUCGGACCAUGGAGGAUGCACCGGCUGCACCGGUCGAACCAGUUCGCACUGCUAUCGAGCCGCCUCCGAGUUUACAAGCGCACCCUGGCGAUGGUUCUGAAGACAAGGCCGCAUCCACUCCACCUCCCGCUCCAACGGCUACUAGGCCUGGGUCAAAAUCGUCGACCCAGGCCGCAGACCCGGACAAAAUGGAUGGGGUCACCUACCGCUUCCAAGACCGUGUCGGCAAGUCGAAGCCCGGCCCAAAAGUUGUGGACGAGGAUGUAGAGAUGGGUGACGCUACGCCAGAAGACGACUAUGCGCCCGAACUUGCCACGGCUAUCACGGGCACCGAUCGAGUACCAUCUCCGACCCUCUCGAAUACUUCUAGGGCAUCCAGAGAGCCGUCCAAGCCACCCUCCAAUAAUGCUGGAUCUAGAAGCGGCACGCCUGUAUCAGACGCAUUGAAGACAGGCGUUAGCGUGGCAAGCGCAGCACCAAGCACAGUGCCACCCAAGAUGGUCAAGAAGAGGCCUGCAGCGCCUAAUCUGUUCUUGCCCAAGAGGAAGCCCGGGCAGAGGUAGAGUCGGCUUGGCAGCAAGGCAGACAGGACUUUGCCGCUUGGCUGACUGGGUAUGUACUAUGGUAGUAGAAUAUUGUACUAGAG